GAGGAGAUGAUCACCGCGAUGAACGUGUUCCCGAAGGAGAUCGCCGUGUACACAGAUAUUUUGCCUGCCUUCGAGCGACUCUACCGGGACGCGGGUGUCGAGGUGGCGUUCGGUCCGAGGUGUGUGAAGCACUGUGCCCAGCCGACGGACAUUAUUGUCAUGGAAGAUCUGAAGGAUCACGAUUUUCGCAUGGCAAACCGGCGCAACGGUCUUGAUAUGGAUCACUGCCAAACGUUGUUACGGCGCUUGGCGCAGUUUCACGCGGCAUCGGCCGUGUAUUACGAACGGAACGGUCCCUACGAUAAGAAGUUUGCGGAAGGCGUUUACAGCGAAAAGAACCGCGACAUGUUCGAACAGUUUCAAAGACAGCACGAUGCCUUCAUGCAGAAGAUAAUGCGCGAGUGGCCCAACAAUGGCAACUUCUACGCGGACCUCAUGAAACACUGGGGAAUGGACAUGUUUGACGCGCUGCUGCGCAUCAUAAAACCGGAUCCCGAUAAGUUCAACGUCUUGAACCACGGGGACCUAUGGUGCAAUAAUAUGAUGUUCCAGUACAAUGGCGACGAGAAGAUAAACGAAAUCAUGCUCGUCGACUUCCAAAUGUGCAUGUGGAGCUCGCCCGUGAUUGAUCUUAACUACUUCCUAUUCUCGUCGGUACGCGGAGACUUGAGGAUGCGCGAGAUGAACAAUUUGAUUUGCUACUACUACCAGCACUUGACCGAAAACUUGACCCUACUCGGCUACGGCGGCGUGCGACCUUCGCUGAAAGAUCUUCACGUGGACUUUAUUGAACGGCAAUUGUACGGAUUUGCAACAACCUUCUCGCUCCUCCCGAUUUGUUUGAUGGAGAAAACGGAUGACGCUUCAAUCGAUUUGAUGCUUGAUCAAGGGGAAGCCGGUAACGAGUUUAAGCGAAAGAUGUACAACGGUGCCGCCUAUGUUGAACAGAUGGGAUCGCUUCUGGAGUAUUUCUACGAUAUGGGAAUCUUCGACAUCAAUGGUCUGGGCGUCCAGCGUGCGUUGGGCGUUGAAUGCGACGAUUCACUUGACUUACCGAUGUGGCUCGAUCGACAGUUCUUCGAGGACGUGAUCAUCCGUAAGUUGGGAGAAGCUCCUGCCAACGAGCGGAUCAUCAGAAGCGUUCACGUCGAACUUGCCACUAAAAAGGGCGAUAACUACGCGUCCGUGCUGUACCGAGCCAAGAUCGAC